AUGCCAAAAUAUUCUAAGUUCCUUAAGGAAAUUUUGAGUGGCAAAAGAGAGUGUAAUGAGGUUGAUUCGGUGAAGGUUGGGGAUAGUUGUAGUGCCCUUAUCAACAAAGACCUACCCCCUAAGAUGAAAGAUCCGGGAAAUUUCUCCAUCCCUUGCAAUAUUAAUGGAAAAAGAUUCCAAAAUGCUCUUUGUGACCUUGGUGCUAAUGUUAGCAUCAUGCCAUAUUCUGUCUUCAAGAAGAUUAAGCUAGGUGAGCUCCUUCCAACCAACAUGACCCUACAAUUGGCCGACCGUUCUAUUAAGUUCCUCAAGGGUAGAAUUAAGGAUGUCCCCCUCAAGAUUGGAAAGUUCACUAUCCCCGUUGACUUCAUUGUGCUAGAGAUUGUAGAAGAUGACAACAUUCCUAUCAUUAUAGGGAGACCAUUAUCUAGAAACUUUGGAUGCUUUGAUUGA